AUGAAUGUUGCGCUGCGUAAACGACUGAAAAAAAAGGACAACAUGCGACGCGAGCCUGCCCGUGCCAAAACAGAAGGUUCUGCGAAAAAAGAAAGAAAGGGUAUGUAUACGUAUCCACGACUCAUCGCUCUCAUCGCUCAUUGUAUCCUCACCCCCAUCGCCCCAAGACAAUGUGAGACUCUUACCGUACCUUCCAUUAGCUAA